CGUGUGCCAUGCAUGCCAUAGUUACGGUUCUGCGUGAGUUUCGUCCCGGUGUAGAUAUCGCGUGUUUAUCGUGUGAGUAAACUACGAGAGAUUUUCGUUUUUAAUUUUUUUUUUUUUUUUUUGAUACGUUAAAAAACCCGUAUAAUUCACUUUUACGGUUCACGGUGUUGUGCGGUCAACGUAAUAUUAUUAAUUAUCAUGUCGGUCGGCGAAUAAAAAACGGUUUGUCGGAAAAUGGGAUACUCCUCGGAACGUUCGUAAUCGAGCUGAAUAUUCAGACAUUUUGAAAUCAAAAGGGAUGUAAAUUUUUAAUUGUAUACCGAUUCGAGAAAUGCGUUGAUGAUAUUUGAAUAACGAAACAUGAUAUUAUGCUGUGGCCUGUGAGUUAUGAUAUUUCUAGUGAUGGAAGACUGCCUCAGCGCUGUUCAUGUAUGUAAAAUCACAAUAAAAUGAACUAAUUAUUUUGCAAAAUAAUUUGACAAAAAUUACCAACGUGAUGACAGAAUUAUAUUGGCAAACACAAAACUAGAUUAAUCAGCAGUUCAUAAUACUUGAAUCCAUGAGAUGUUCGGUGAACGUUGCCGGUCCGACCCAGUGUUCGACGGAACCGGCGUCUGCAGCGUCGCCAUUUCCGCGGUCACUUCCGGUGAUUGACGGCCGUAUCGCGUAAGGCGGCGGCGGUGUCAGCGGCAGCCACUGCUGCUGCUGCAUCGCCAUGGACCGGACGCCGUCGUGCUGUUCGCAACCGGUGGCCGCGGCGGCAGCCGUGUACAACUACGGCGUGGCCGGCGCGAAGAUCGGCGGUUACGCUUCGUCGUACGACAGCCGCCCGCUGUCCACGUCAUCGUCGUCGGCGGUCGGCGUGACGACGGUGGUGGACGACGGCCAAGGGUGUUUCUGUUGCGACAGCGACGACGACAGCGUGGAGCGAGCCCGCGUGGCCCACGCCAAGCGCAAGUGCUACAAGAGCUGCCUGCGGAACGCGUUCGUGUGCGCCCUGCUGGUGUCGUACACGUUUGCCGGCGCGCUGAUAUUCCUCAGCAUUGAGGGUGACGUGGACGCGGACACCGUUGACGGUGACGACGGUGGCGGCGGCGGCGGCGGCGGCGGCAGUCCCGUCCGACUGGCCGGUCUGAUGCCCGCCCAACAGCAGAACCUGACGACCGCCUUGCUGGCCGCGGCGGCCGCUGGUGAAGAGAGUCGCGCCCGGACCGUGGAGACCAUAUGGGAGAUUACGGUCAACUUGAACAUACUGUACCGGGAGAACUGGACCCGGCUGGCUGCGCAGGAACUGAACCGGUUCCAAGAGGACCUGAUACGCCGCCUCACGCAGCAGAUGGAAAUCGAAUCGGCCGCGGUCAGCUACCCCACCGGUGGCUUCAUCGCCGACCACGGAAUUGACUCAGUGGACAGCACCUUCGAAUGGAACAUGGCCACGUCGUUCCUAUACUGUCUGUCCAUACUCACCACGAUCGGAUACGGAAACAUCACACCGAAGACCGCUAUAGGUAAAAUGGUUACAAUGGUGUACGCGUUGAUUGGCAUCCCAUUGAUGUUAGUGUACUUAUCAAGCAUUGGUGGUCUGUUGGCGUGGUGUGCCCGAGGAAUAUUUACCAGGUCGCUAUGCUGUUGUCUGUGCUCCAAGUGUGGGUAUUGCUGUUACGACGAAAAACUGAUGGAGGAAAAAGAGCGGCGGAUGAAGUUAAAGCGCGAGCGGAAGGAGUACGACAUGCAAAUGAAAACGUUCUCCGGCCACGCGCUCGAACCGUACUACGUGCGGCCGGGUGACGCGGACGACGGCGUGUUCCUGAGGGUGUCCGACCGGACAGCUGCCAGUGCUGCGUCGGCGGCCGCUGCAACGUCCGAUUCAGCGUCGAUGGCUGCCGCGGAGCUGGCCGCGGCCGCUGCGGACAGUGCCAGUUUCGUGCCACUUCUGUUGGUCGGCUUCGCGUUCAUGUCCAUGUAUAUUGGCUGCGGCGCGGCCAUCCUGCACCGGCUUGACGGCGGCGGCAAGUCAUACCUGGACUGCGUGUUCUUCUGCUUCAUGUUGCUCAGCACCAUCGGUUACGGUAACUCGAGGUCAAUGGACGUGACGCUCACCGGCACGGCCACAGUUUGGUUCUGUUCCGUCUACAUACUGUCCGGCAUGGCGCUUACGGCCAUGUGCUUCAACAUUGUACACCACGGCGUGUCCACCAAACUCAAGACUCUGUACCGGCCCGCGACGGCACAGACAAGCGACGGCGGUGGUGCGUGCUGCAGCGGCGUCAUUCCGGCACAGCAACAGCAACGCGAAGACUGCGGCGUCGGCGGUUGCGGGGGCAGUAUUAGCGAUCUGACGUUGUCGUCUACGCGCGGAACAGCCUCUAACACCGCCGGCGUCACCGCUUCCACAAAAUCCUGACACGCGAAACGUGGCCGCGGUGGCCAUCCCGGGCCGUCGGCAGACCGCGGCUGCGAUGACGGCGGCGGCGGCAGCGGCGGCGACGACGACAACGAUCGCCACCACCGCGAUUGCUGUGCUGCGGCGGCCGAGUGUGGCGGGCCCGCGGCCGUGAUGGCCAACUAUAUAGGCCACAACGGGUACCCGCAACCCGAGAUCGUGGCCAUUGCCACCGGGGGAAAACCCAGCGGCGCAGUCAGCCCGGCUACAUUGGCCGCAGACUGCUUCGAUAUCAAGUUCGGUAGCGUCCUGCAAGAGUCGCCGCCGCCAUCCAUGUCUGUAGUCGACCUGACCAACUUGGACACGAUCGCGGAGGCUGAUGAUUCCGUCGAAAUGUGAAAAUGCGGAUCUCGGUGCCUUUUUUGAAAGAAAAAAAAUGUCAUACGUUGUCUGCUUUAUCCGUCGUGGCAUAACAAUAUCUAAUAUUAUUACUAUUAUAAUUAUUAUUAUUAUCUCAUCAUUAUAAUAUAAUGCGACUUGUAUAACAAAUUAACAAUGUAUUAAUCAUGUUAUCGACGUUUUACGUCUAAUGGCCAAGCGAAAAAUAUGUAGGUACCUAACUAGUUAUUUCUACUAACAUAUGUAAUCUGGGGUAAAUUCUUUACGGGGGGCAGUCUGUGAUAAAAUUUAAAACCUAUGAAGUAGAAAGACACUAUUACCCACUCAGUAAAAUAUCUUAACGGCAAUUACCUCCCUUGUCCCCUAAAGAUUACGCAUAUGCUUCUACUGGCCGAUGUGCAGUGUUAGAAAAAGAAAAAAUUGUUUACGUGCAUUAUUGGUUUAUGUGACAAGGCUAUAGCAAUAAACUAAUUAUAAAACUUCUAAAAUUUAGAUUUUAUUUUUAAUGAACCCGAUGAUAAUGUUUUAACCAGAAUAACAGACCGGCGAUAGAUUAUUAUACGUUUAACCAAUAACUGUAAUACUUCACUCUCUAAUUGAGGAUACCCAUUACUCAACACGUUUAGUGUUAAAUAAUGUAAACAAUUGCUGUUCCAAUAUCAUUAUACCAUAAUACAUUAGUAGUCCAAUCAUUUUAAAUAUUGAAGCAAUAACUCCAUCCAAAUAUUUAAAUACACGCGUUACAACUUACAAAUGAUUAUUAUUUUAACAGACAAACGCUAAUAAUUAUUAGGUACAUUUUUUAUUACAGUCUAGAACGAACCAAUAAUUUUUAUGAUGAUCCUACACAAACAAUUGCGAAUUAAAUGAUUUUUUGAAUCAAUAUUGAUAAAAAUCUGUUCAUCUCUUAGUACUUUUUUUAUAAAACUCUCAUUUAAUGUCUGUAAUUUCAAUGUGGGUACACUGAAAUAUUUUCAUUCUUGUUUUAAAUGCAAUAAAAGUAAAUCUAAAAAGAACAUUGGCAAAAAUAUAAUCACGAAUUCCAGUACUCAUUGUAAAUAAACCGAACUUAUACCUAAUAAAUUAGGUAACCCACUCAAAUUACCUUACUGUAUUUGCAGUACCUAGGUAUUCGAUAACACAAUAGUAACUGGCUAUAAAUCCACAGACUUGUUAUUUCGUUUAGAAAAUAAGGUAUGCAUUCUGUUAAAUAUUUCUUUGAAAUGUUAUGAGUGUUUUAAACUAAUUUUACAAGCAAUUGUGACACUAUUUUCCCACCCUGAAAAAGAUACCUCAUUUAUAUAUUUUUAUAACGCUCAAUAUUUUUCUUUGAAUUUAUUUUAGUAAGUGACUAACAGAUUUUUUUUCAUUUCCGAAAAUAGCAUUUGUUUGGACAGCCCGGCAUGACUAAAAAAAAAUCCAUAAUAAAUUAAACAUUACAUUCUAAAAAGUGUAUAUUACCUACGAUUUUAAUUUAAUUAUAUUACUAAAUAAUGAAUUCAAAAUGUUUAGUAAUUAUUUCACCAAGUUAAAUUACAUACCCAUUACAUUUUCACAACCUACCAAAAUUAUUUAAUUUAAAUGUUUUAAAUGUUAUAUUGUAACAAUGAUAUAGCAUUCCCUUGUUUGUGAAAUACAUUACCUACCUAUAUCUGUGUAUAAGUGUAUCAAAUUAUUAUUAUGUAUGAAUCCAGAACAUAUUAUAAUAUUAAUAAUACCCGUGUCGAACAAUUUUCUAAGAUUUAAUUGUAAACAUUAAAAAUUCUACUUUUAUUUGUACCUAUUAAUUUGUAUUAAAUUUGUAUUUCUUUAAAAAAACGAAUUAUUGCCUACGUCAAGUUUUGAUCACAUAUGUAUUUAGUUUUUUGACAUUUUUAAACAUAUUUAAUUUAAUCAUUAAAACAACUUAAAAGUCGGCAAUUUAUGUUUUUUAGUUUGCCUAGUUACCGUCAAACAGGAUUACAUGAGGUUAGAAGAAGUUACUCGAGACAGUUCUAAAAUUGUAUUAAAAAUUAAGAGACUAUAAAUAAAGAUGUUUAACUUAACAAGUUACAAAAACAAGUGUCUUAACUAAUCCGAUAAGAAUAUUUAAAUGUUCAAAUUUUAUUAUGAAGAGUAUGUAAAAUUAAAUACAUAGGUACCAUGAGUCCUUCCGACUUAUUUUAUUUGUGUCUACCUGCUGUCUCUAGUUUCACACAGUCUAACGUAACACAAAAUGAUUACAAUUAUUUUAUAAAAUCCAAUUCUUCAAUAGUAUAAUAGUGUUAUUGUAGUACCGUAAAUAAUUAAGGUUUUUGCAGUAUAACUAGAUAUAUCUACUACACGAAUAAAACUUCUUACCAAGUCGAAAUAAAAAAUCUCAAUGACUCUAACACAAUUUAAUUUUGUUAAUAAUUUUGUGAAGAAAAUAUAAUUGAAUGUAAUUAAAUAACAUUUAAAAGUGAUGAAAAGAUAACUAAUAGGUAAUCGGCACAAAAAAUAAAAUAUGUUUUUAGUCCAAGUUUACCAGUUUGAUUGCAAACUGUUUAGGUUUUACAAUUAUUUCAUUAUUUUACUUCCUUAAGUAUGUCGCAUAUGCAAUAAUAGUUAUCAUUUAAUCAACUGAGUGUGUUACCACUAUACGUAUAGUAAUAUUGUUGUAACGCCGAUUUGUAAAUUUACUUGUAUUUAAUGUAAAGUGUUGUAAUUAGUACUAAAUAAUAAUGUAUAAUGUAUGAUAAAAUAUUCAUUAUAUCAGUUUUAUAAAGUGUGAUCAUUUUAUCAAUUAGUAACUAAAUUUCUCGGCCAGAUUACGUUGCAUUGAAUUCUGACUUUUCUUACAUAAGCUAGGGACUACAUAAAUACACAUUUAUAAAUAGCAACUUUAUAUUAUACUAUAUUUGAGUAAGCUUGUUUUUAAAAGUAAUUUUGAACUCAAUCACUAUGGCUCUAAACCUCUAAAUUCUAAAAUCAAAAUAAUCGACUGAAAUAUUUAAAAUUUAAUCUUACAUACUUUUUUUUACAUACUAAUGUUUAAAUCCAUUUACAUACAUUUGUUUUUUUUCGUAACAUGUUACUCUAAAUAUAGUAUCUCAUUUAGAUAAUAUUGAACAAUGUAUUUAAGUAUGGUCAAUACAAUUAUUUUUAAAUAGUAGUAAUAAUAAUUCAAACUAGAAAUGUUGCGAACUGUUUGAUAUUUAACACCAAUAGAAAAACAAAGUACCUAUUUAUGAUAACAUUUUAAAUGCCUCUCAUUCAGUACAUUUUUAAUUCAGAUAAUGUGUAUUUAGGUACCCAUCCUUAGUUGGUAAAAAAAGAUCUGAUUCAAUCCAACGUAAUCCGGCUGAGAAACUCCGGGGCCGCGGAUACACACGACGUUUUCAGAAGCAUUUCACAGUAUUCCGCAGAGUUUUCCGACAGAUUUAUUAUUCAUUGUUUUAUAUUUGACUGACUAAAAUACUUGACGACUGGGAUCCGCCGCGUUUUGAACCACCAGCCCUCGUUUUCCGAAGUAAUAAAAAACGCUAACUCUUAAUCUCACAAGUUUACCCAGCCACGAUGGGCUACACCAGUGACAGAAAACGAACCGUUUAUACCCUUAAUUAUUGUGUAUUAUAAUUUAGGCAGCGGAACAUAAUGUUGACGGAUAUGCUUCGUAUAUUAUAUUGUGAUGGUUGCGGUGAUGGAGUAAAAAACGUUGAGAAACACGAGCUGUAUGAAAUGCUUAGGAAAACGCCGUGUAGCCCCGGUUACUUAAAAAAAUGAUCGUACUGUAUAUUGUCCAUAUCUAACAUAUUACCUAACGAUAUCAAUCAGUUAUAAUAUUAUUUGUUUUCAACUAUGUGCAUGUAAAUAAAGUUGUACUGUUAAAUUGAUUAAAAUCUUUGUAUUGUUGUAUAAUUGUACCAUUCACAUGAUGUACUAAUGCAAUUGUAAAAAGAUAUCCUUUUAUGAUAGUAAAAGACAAAUGUUGUUUAUACAUUAAAUCACAAUUUACAACAAUAAUAAAAUGGGUAUCAUCACAA